AAAGCUAGCUAGCCAACUUACUACUCCUACUAGCUCUUCUCUACUCGUUGCUCUCCGGCAGCAAAGCGAGCUAGCUCCACUUCAUUAAGCCACGCCUCACACCUCCUUUGCUCCUACAAAAAUGGGCAGCUUGGACACCAACCCAAUGUCCUUCUCCGCCUUGCCCAACGACAAGGCCGCGUUCGAGCCGCUCAACCCCGAAGAUGUCCGCGCAUACCUUCACAAGGCUGUCGACUUCAUCUCCGACUACUACACCAACGUCGAGUCCAUGCCUGUUCUCCCUAACGUGAAGCCCGGAUACCUGCAAGACGAGCUCAGUGCGUCCCCGCCAACCUACUCCGCGCCAUUUGAUGUCACCAUGAAGGAGCUCAGGACCUCCAUCGUCCCCGGCAUGACGCACUGGGCUAGCUCAAACUUCUUCGCCUUCUUCCCGUCCACGAACAGCGCCGCUGCCAUCGCCGGCGACCUCAUCGCCUCUGCCAUGAACUCCGUUGGAUUCACGUGGCAGGCCUCGCCUGCAGCCACCGAGAUGGAGGUUCUCGCUCUCGACUGGCUUGCGCAGCUUCUGCGCCUACCCACUACCUUCAUGAACCGCACCAGCAAUGGUCGUGGCACUGGUGGCGGCGUCAUCCUUGGCACAACAAGCGAGGCAAUGCUUGUCACGCUAGUCGCCGCUCGUGAUGCAGCGCUGCGCCGAACCGGCUCCGUCGGCGUGUCCGACAUCCCACGCUUGACUGUGUAUGCUGCCGACCAGACCCACUCCACGUUCUUCAAGGCGUGUCGCCUCGCAGGCUUCGACCCCGCCAACAUCCGCUCCAUCCCCACGGGGCCGGAAACUAACUACGGGCUCGACCCGGCCAAACUUCUCGAGGCAAUGCAAGCUGAUGCCAACGCCGGUCUUGUGCCUACAUAUGUUUGUGUCACGGUGGGCACCACGUCUUCCAACGCCGUCGACCCGGUGGGCGCCGUUGCAGACAUUGCCGCCAUGUUCAAUGCGUGGGUCCACGUCGAUGCUGCCUACGCUGGCAGUGCGUGUAUCUGCCCGGAGUUUCGCCACCAUCUCGACGGCGUUGAGCGCGUGGACUCCAUUAGCAUGAGUCCGCACAAAUGGCUUCUCACAUGCCUCGAUUGCACCUGCCUUUACGUCCGUGAUGCUCAUCGGCUAAGCGACUCGUUGGAGACCAACCCGGAGUACCUCAAAAACGACGCUACCGAGUCUGGUGAGGUCACCGAUCUUAAGGACAUGCAGGUCGGCGUCGGUCGGCGCUUUCGCGGGCUCAAGCUUUGGAUGGUCAUGCGCACUUACGGUACUGCAAAGCUCCAAGAGCACAUCCGUAGUGAUGUCGCCAUGGCCAAGAUGUUUGAAGAUUUUGUUAGUGCCGACGGUAGGUUCGAGGUGGUCGUGCCGAGAAACUUUGCUCUUGUGUGCUUUAGGAUCAAGGCAAGUGGAGCCAUGACGGAGGAGGAUGCCGAUGAGGUCAACCGUGUACUAAUGGAGAAUCUGAACAAGACUGGCAAGGCAUAUCUUGCGCACACGGUGGUUGGUGAUAAGUUUGUGCUUCGGUUCGCCGUUGGGUCGUCGCUGCAAGAGGAGAGACAUGUGAGAAGUGCCUGGGACCUCAUCAAGAAGACUACGAGCAGUAUCAUGAAUUAAGUGGACGGACCGGCUGACACAGAAAGUUCCAUGAGUUACAUAUAUCCGUAUAUUUAGGGUACGGAUAUUCUUUUAAAUUUUAUCUAUUUAUUCAUUUUGCUUCAGUUCUGAUUAUUAUGUAUCAUGUGGUUCUUAUUCGGUUUUGUGAUCUAUAUACCGACCGACGGAAUAUACGUAGCAGGCCGGUACAAAAAAAAAUUGAUUAUAGACUGUAA